UAAACAUUACGCUGUAAAAGACUGUUUGCUCCGAUAGUAUCAGCAGUGUCGCGUCACGUCGCGGCGUGUCUGAGAAUACUUCAGUACAACUUGAGAAACGUGUAAAUAGACUACCUAAAAUUGUUUAAGGCGGUCUGAUAAAUGGACCAUGGCCGGCUCCCGGGAGAGAUUGCUGCAUGAAAGGAGGCCUGAAUGGGAGUAUGAGCAUGACAAGAGGCGGUACGAGCCGUACGAGAGAGAGCGGCGAUACGACCGCCGGCCCGAGCGAUACGACCGCCCCCGCCGCAGGAACGGCUACGUCUACGAGGACAUCUACUCCGACUUCGACGAGGCACAAGGUCGCCUGUCCUUAUUCAGGCCGAUACGACCCGAAUACCUCCACCUGCCCUCGGCGUAUAACAUCAAAUACAAUUCCCUACCGCGCAAUUACUAUAAUUACGACACGCGAAGGUACAAGAAAGAUUAUUACGAUUUCCGAAUCGAGCAUGAGAAUCGAGCACGGAACUACGAAUAUAGACAGAAACCUAAACCAUCGGAAACUAAAACGGUUUUGAAUGAAAUUCAAAAUUCGAAGCCGAAGAACGUGGCGGUGUGCAAACCGUUGCGUUUGAAUGAAAAGAACGCGCGCUAUUGGACGACGGACCCGCCCGAGCGGCGGACGCGCACGAGGAAACCCGACGAAGCGAAGAAGAACGUGAAGUUCUCUGAAGUGUCGGGUUGUAAUCGCAAGAUGGUUGUCGACGAUCCGAUAGUGGGGCGGAAAGUGGUGCCUGUGCGGGAGCUGGAAGUUUCUCUCGAUCAGAUGAUUCAGAACGGGUACUUCGAGAAGCACAACAUCCCGAUAUCGCGUCCGUUGAAGGCCGAACCGCCGAUAGCGGCGGCGCGCGUGCCAAACGGGAAGUGCCUAUCGGGCGGGAAGGAAGCGCCGCCGCCGCGCAAGACGAGGCAUUUGCCACAGGUCCUGGCAGCCUUAGCGGUCUCCCUGGCACCAUUCUCCGCGGGUCUGGGUAAAGGCUACAGCUCGCCAGCUAUCGCCUCGCUGCAGGGCCCUGGGGCCAACGCCACGCGUCGAGACUUCCAUCUCACCGACCAGCAGGCUAGUUGGCUUGCCUCCUUAUCUUUCCUUGGAGCGCUAUUCGGCGGCAUGGCGGGCGGCGCGGCGAUGCGGCACGGGCGGCGCCGCGUGCUGUCGCUAGCUGCGGCUCCCUGCAGCCUCUCCUGGCUGCUGACGGUGCUGGCCACGUCUGUGCGCAUGAUGUGCAUCACGGCUUUCCUCGGAGGAUUCUGCUGUUCAAUACUUACCAUGCUGUCACAGGUAUACAUCAGCGAGAUCUCAGUCCCAGACAUUCGGGGCUGCCUCAGCGCCGUACUGAAGAUCGUGGGCCACCUGGGGGUGCUGUUUAGCUUCACCAUCGGCGCGUACCUGGACUGGCAGCAGCUGGCACUCUGCAUCUCCGCAGCACCAUUACUUCUAUUCUGCACAGUCCUAUACAUACCAGAGACUCCAAGUUACCUGGUUCUUAUAGGUAAGGAUGAAGAGGCCUACAAAAGCCUGCUUUGGCUGCGAGGCCCCAACUCAGACGUCGCUCAAGAGCUGGCAACCAUCAGGACAAAUGUAUUGGCCAGCAAGAACUUCAGUCAACGCCAAAGUCAAAUGUCUAGUAGUCAGUUCAUAAAUUCCCUCGACGCUAGGACUAUGAAUCGACUGUUGGGUCCAAUAUUGGUGACAUGUGGUCUGAUGAUGUUCCAAAGGCUGUCCGGAGCCCACGCCUUCUCCUUUUACGCGGUCCCGAUUUUCAGGAAAACAUUUGGUGGCAUGAACCCACAUGGAGCAGCGAUUGCUGUAUCCUUCGUCCAACUUUUAGCGUCUUGUUUGUCUGGCUUAUUGAUUGACACUGUUGGACGACUUCCUUUACUGAUAGUGAGUUCAGUGCUCAUGUCGAUGGCCCUAGCCGGUUUCGGAAGCUAUGCGUACUACGAAGAAGUGCAUCGGAACCAACGCAUUCAGAGCGUCAUGUUCCAUCAGACAGCCGGGCAGAACGACUGGAUUCCGUUACUUUGUGUGUUGGUUUUCACCAUUGCCUUCUCUUUGGGGAUGAGUCCGAUAUCCUGGCUGCUAAUUGGGGAGCUGUUUCCCCUGGAGUACAGGGCAUUUGGCAGCGCAAUGGCGACUGCCUUCAGCUACCUCUGCGCGUUUGUUGGCGUCAAGACGUUUGUGGACUUCCAGCAGGCGCUGGGUCUUCACGGGGCUUUCUGGUUGUAUGCGUCUAUAAGCGUAGGGGGGUUGUGCUUCGUGGUCUGCUGCGUGCCGGAGACUAAGGGCAAGGACCUGGACGAGAUGGAUCCAAAUUACGUGCAGAGUCUUUCGCCUAAAAGGUAAAUAGCAUAAUAUGCCUUGUCCGUUCAGAAACCUUUAUUGACUUGUUUUGUGUCUAUUUCUUGUUUCAAUAAAUAAUUAUUCUGUACGUAAUUAUAAUAUUUUUUAAAAUGAUUUUUCCAUUAUUUUAUAUCUUUUUAAAUAAUUCAGAUAAACUAAAAUUUGGUUAGUCAAAAACCAACUAUUGAUUGAGAAAAAAAGUAUAUGAGGAUCAUUUUUUCAAUUCCUUUGUUUUCUAUUUUUUUUUAAUAAUCCAAAAAAAUAUAUAAAUUAUGUUUUAUUAUGAGUCACAUUUAAGUACUUUUAAUACAUAAAAAGGUUUCUCAACGGACAUAAUCAAACCCGACCAUCUCGUAUUAUCGAAUCCACCGCGAAAUUUUGGCUGUGCUUUUUAAAAACCACAUAAUGAUAAAUGAACCCUGUAAUUUUAUGGUGGGAUAUCUAUAGGAUCUUAGUAUAAUAUACUUGCAUAUCCAAAACCCAUAUCUUAAACAUUUCUUUAAAAACCUAGUUUAUUUAAGAAAAUGUAAAGAGCGGGAAAAGUCGUUACAAAAAACAAACUCAAAACUGAUUUUAUACAUAACAACCCUUCUCAAAGUCAUCAUUGAACUACCUUUUUAUACCAAACCUCCUUACAUUAGUACAUGUUUGCAGUCACGUGGCAGUAUUGCGUGCGUUUGUUUUUUCUGUGACUAAAUAUUCGCUAGUAAUUUCUGCCUUCGGUCAUUCGGUUUUGUAGAAAACUUUAUUGUUAAUAGAAAGACAUGAAUGGUUUCUUUGACAAAACAAGUAACACAUAAUGAUUUCCACAUCAAUUAUAGCAGUUACACUAUCUAACUUAUAAUCUUAAGUUCCAUUGUACCAGUUUCUUGGAAAAUAAUUUAACAAUUCUAGUACACUGCUCAGCGAAAUCUCAUCUACGAGAGACUUAACUUAAACUAUUUACAAACAGCUGAUUUUUCCCGUUCUAUAUAAAUUGUCUCAAAUUUCAGCGGUCCAUGUUUACCUCUAUCCCUAGUGAAUGUAAUGUAGUCAUAUUCUUCCCUAAUUAUGGAUUCUCUAGUUAUAAACUACUUUAUCGAGCUUUCCUAUUUGAUUAACGACAAUAAUAAGACAAUAACUAUUAUAUGUAUGGUAAAGUGUAUUCAACAGGUUUGUUUCAGAAAUAUAAAUAAAUAUCUACUUAUUAAUGAUGGGAAUUGUAUUUGUUAUUAUGUAUUCCGUAAUUAUUUGACAAGGAUAACAUGCGUCGUAUGGGAUCCUAGAUAUCGGAAAAAAAUUUAAUUUGACAGUUUCACUUAUUUCAGUAAAUUCGUAAGUUGUAAGUCAUGAAAAAGGGAGUAUAUUACUGUUUACAACAAACUUCGAUGUUGUUCACAUUUAUAUAUAUUGUUUACUUAAGUAAUUUAGGUAAAACUUGCAAUCUUUACAUUACUUUAAUGAAUAAUUCCGCUUAUGAAGGACAUAAUUGACGUCUUCAGAAACGGUUUGACUAGUAAGUACAUGUUUGUUUAUAUUUUUGACACAAAGCUAUUGUUUACACUUUACAUUGUUUCAAAGAGAUAUAGGAUGCCAUUUGAUUUUAAGGUCAGCGCGCAUUUAAAAUGUUUAUCGCACGACAUUUUGUGUAUUCUGAAUUGAAUCAAAUAUUAACGACAUUUAGAAAGAUAUAUAAAACGUCGUGCGAUCAACGUAGUGUGCGUUCACCCUUAGAGUAAAAGUAAUUGAAUUGAAAAAAAAAAUUGAUUAUUUUUAGGUAGUUGAUUUUAUAAAUAUAAAAACCAUAACCAACUACUUAUUUUAGGAUGAGACUUAUAAACUUGCUUAGUCUAAAUCAGAAUUAAUGGACGGUUAGAAAUUAUCUGCUUCUUUCUUUUCAUAAUAUUGUUAAAUUACAAAAGUGUGGUUUAUCUGAAAUAAUAAUAGAAUUAUGUGUGGUUAUGUGAGUAACAAAACUGAGAAUCUUUAUACAUGUCCUACAACACACCGGCAUGUACCGUGAGAGAUAAUCAUUACGAACUCAUAUUCAGUUGUCUAUAAUCUCUGUUUAGACUAAGCCGAAGUCUAUAUCUCAAUCUUAAAGUUAAUUUCCUAGAGCUAUUAGAUGUUUUAGGCGAUUGCAUCAUAAUAGCAAUAGUCAGGAUUUGUUGAAUGUAUAAGAAACAAAAUAAUCCAAACCACAUAAUAUAUGUAAUUGCAAUUGUGAUGCUGUCGAUUUUGAACCCAUUGAGUAUUUGAACAGAAGCGAGAAUAAAUUAUUACAAACGUAAUAUUUAUUGCAGAAUAUUGCAUUAUUAUUAAUCCAUUUACCAUCGGAAUGUUAGCCGGCUAACAU